CCCAUUGAAAACCGUUUAGAAAGAGAAACACGCAGCGAGGGGAGGGGGAGAGAGAGAGAAAAAGAGAGUGUGUCUGUGCAGUCAGGCCUGGUAGUGAUAGACCAGCAGCAGUGAGAAAAUUCACAGGCAUUGCUGUUUCUGUCACUCUAUCAUAAUUUCCUGGUCGUCGCAAUUGAUUUGAUUGUUUUGAAAUGAGUCGUUUAGGGUUUAAAUCCCUGGUUUAUCACGGAGAGGUAUGUUUGGGAGAACUGGAUGUUAUUCCGGUGACGGAAAAGGGUUUCUUGUUCCCAAACAACGAGAUUCGCAUCCAUCAUAUCUCUCAACAAAGUGAGCGAUGUCCUCCUCUUUCAAUUCUCCAAACAAUCUCUCCAUUUUCUGUCCGUUGCAAGCUCGAAUCGUCUUCUCCUAUGGAACAGUCUCAUUUGAUCAAUCUCCAUGCCUCUUGCUUCCACGAAGUCAAGACGGCGGUGGUUUUGAUUGGAGAUGAAGAGAUUCAUUUAGUGGCAAUGCCAAGCAAGCAAAAGAAGUUUCCAUGUUUUUGGUGCUUUGCGGUUCCUGUAGGUCUGUAUGAUUCGUGUUUACGGAUGCUCAACAUGCGGUGUCUUUCUAUUGUGUUUGAUCUUGAUGAGACACUUAUUGUUGCGAACACGAUGAAGUUGUUUGAGGAUAGGAUUGAGACUCUUAGGGGUUGGAUUGGACGGGAGCAAGAUCCGAUGAGGGUAUCUGGAAUGAUUGCGGAGAUGAAGAGGUAUAUUGAUGAUCGGUUGCUUCUGAAGCAGUAUAUAGAGAAUGAUGUUGUUAUGGAUAAUGGAAAGAUAUACAAGGUUCAACUGGAGGACGUUUUGCGAUCAUCGGAUGGCCAUGAGAGAGUUGUUAGACCUGUGAUUAGAUUGCCAGAGAAAAAUAUUGUUCUAACUCGCAUCAAUCCAGAGAUUCGUGAUACGAGUGUGCUUGUGAGAUUAAGGCCGGCAUGGGAAGAUUUGAGAAGUUACUUAACAGCAAAGGGACGCAAACGGUUUGAAGUUUAUGUUUGUACGAUGGCUGAAAGAGAUUAUGCCUUAGAAAUGUGGAGGCUUCUUGACCCGGAGGCUCACUUGAUAGCUUCAAAGCAACUCUCAGACCGUGUAGUUUGUGUUAAAUCAGGCUCCAAGAAAUCUUUAUUGAAUGUCUUCCAAGAUGGCAUGUGCCAUCCAAAAAUGGCAAUGGUAAUAGAUGACCGGCUAAAAGUCUGGGAAGACAUGGAUCAACCUCGAGUUCAUGUAGUUCCUGCAUUCACUCCUUAUUAUGCUCCUCAAGCAGAGACAGCGAACGCUGUUCCAGUCCUAUGUGUGGCAAGAAAUGUUGCAUGCAACGUCAGAGGUUGUUUUUUCAAAGAGUUUGAUGAGAUCUUAAUACGAAGAAUAUCUGAAGUCUUUUAUGAAGAUGAGGUGAAAAGCUUACCUCCUACUCCUGAUGUGAGCAACUACAUGAUGACAGAGGAUAGUGGUUUUGUACCCAAUGGCAAUAACAUUGCUCCUUUUAGUGAAGGAAUGAGUGGCAUUGAAGCUGAACGAAGAUUGCAUCAAUCGGAUGGCAAGACUGUCAUGGAAUCGGCCCCACAUUCUAUUACAAACAGUGCUGAAUUGAGAACUGAAAUCUCCCAGCCUCAUGUGGCAAUAAGUCCAAAUGUUGCUGGACCAACCUUAUUGGCCACACUCUUGCCUUCUCAAAAACCUAGUUUACUUGGUGCUCCUGUUAGACGAGAUUUAAGGAAUCAAAAUUCUGGUCAACCCCCUCUUCUUUCUAGAAUACCUGCAGCAAUACCAUUAUCCUCUCAACAGCCACAGGGAGGCUGGCUGGUGGAAGAAGAUACUAGCAGAGUACAAUCAAAUAAUCGACCUUCAGCGACCGCUCAAGAAUUGGAUUCUUUAAAAUCUGAUAAGCUGAGAGGACUGCAGAAUCCAAUUGCUCAUGGUGCAUCAGCCUCUGCUCCCUCCAGUUUAGUCUCACAUGCUUCAGAAUUGAAGGCUGAAGAGGCAAUUGCUGGAAAUGACAUGCAUAAACAAAUUAUUCCUGCUGGAGAGGCUGGCAUGUCUCAGAAUCAUGUGUCUUCUAGUAGCAGAGAGUUCCAAGCUGAAGCUGGGAAACUCAAUCUGCUACCAUCCCACUUGUCUAUUGGAGUGCUGCAAGAAAUUGGACGGAGAUGCAGAUCCAAGGUGGAGUUCAAAUCUGUUGUAAGCACCAGUAAGGAUUUGCAAUUCUCUGUCGAGGUAUUGUUCACCGGUGAAAAGAUAGGUGUUGGAAUGGGUAAAACACGGAAGGAUGCACAACAGCAAGCAGCUGAGAAUGCACUUCGCAGCUUGGCAGAAAAAUACGCAGCAUAUGUUUCACCCCAUUCUGGUGCCGUGGAUGGUGAUUUUGAUAAGCUUUCUAUUGGGAACGAGAAUGGAUUUGUAUGGGACAUUACCAGUCCUGAAUCAAGUGAUCUGGUACGAGAAGAUGGUUCAGCUAAAGAACGUCCUUCUGAGGUUGCUGACGCUGAACUUGUGAAUACAUCGAAUAUGGUAAAUCAGCAACAGCAGAAACGUGCCAACUCCCCUAGAUCGCCACAAGCUAUACCAAGUAAACGGUCAAAAGAAGAACUGUGUGGUUCACAAAGUCUACCCUUUCAGCAAUCCAAGAAUGAGAGUCACGUAUGAUAAAAGCCAAGAUAUUGGGAAAACAAUGAAUGAUUUGAAGGUUUUUGCUUUUCGAAUCUAAAAUUAUGCAUCUGAAUUUUGCUCUUCUGGAAGGAUAGGCACAUUGUUAUCCUCCUUUGGCUCCCUCCUUUUUGAUUUUUGGGGGAUGACAAGGGCAGAGCUAGCAAGGAUGAGGGCAGAGCUUGGCUUAAAACUCACAUGGUGCUGUUCUGGUUGAAUCUUCUCUUCCAGUCCCCACUUGUUACAGUAACACUUCUUGUUAGUUGCUUCAGCAGAAAUGUGGUUUCUAGUUUUUAGGUGGCCACCGAUUCUUUCGCCUCCAGCACCGUUCUUAAAAAAUAAUUUAGUGCUCUGUCAAUUGUAAAUACUUCUGAUUAUUUCUCUGGUGGCAAUUGCAUAUUUUUAAAGCGUUAUACAAUGACUAAUUUUUUGUUUAGCAGUACAAGAUGAACACAGCUGUUGCCUAUACGGACUGGUCUAUGUCAAAUCUUGAGAGAGAAUAUAUGCUUGGUUAGCUGGCUUGUUGCCCUCUGUAGUAACGCAAUGCCAUUCCUCACAGAGCCAGAUUUGGAGGCUGAAAAGUUGUAUAGCUGUCUCGUCUUAAACCCUGAAAUUUGAAGGGGCUAAAGGCCGUUGAAAGAACCUAAUCAGCAUGUCUAGCGGUCCUUGCUGGGAGAAUCAGCAGUACCAAAUCUGUUAGAACCUAGUCUAUUUCUGUAUUUCUGGAACUGUGGCAUGUGACUAAGAUGCGGAAGUUCCUAUGUAGAAUUGUGGUAAUCAGGCCAGGCAGAUUGAUCUCGGGGCACAGCUUUUGGCUGGAAGCUUGGAGUCUCGUCCGAUACAAAAAAUAUGCCUGCAUUUGGAGCUAUUCAGCUUGGGGAUUGAUCCACCAUUUGCUUGGGCAUGGAGCUAUCCAGUGAGCAGGCCUCGAUCUUAUUACAAAAAAAAAAAAAUAUGAAGCUCCCCUCGACGUACGCUUAUUUUUGCUUGGUUUCGAUUGUAGAAAUUCGAGAUUUGGAUUACAGACCAGACGAUACGUCAUUGGUAACAGAGCAACAUUGUUUCCAGUGCAUUGUCAUAUGGCUAUGAUUGUGCUUCUCUGCCGCCGCCCCCCCAGAACAAUACGCAAUUAAUUGAAAAAUAACUACAGCGAAUGGGAGGAGGGACGAGUUCCAGAAUCACCACUGACUGCUUACUCUCGAGGUUACCUGCUGUUAUAAUCUUCUUGCCUAGUAGGAAGUGUUGGCCAAUUGCUGAACUUCAGAAAGUUGUGUUUUCCACCAUCACAAGGAACCACCAUCAAUUGGUGCGCAGGAUAAUUGUCUCGUGGAACCCUAAUUAUAAUUUCUAUGAUUGCACAGGGAAUUAAGCUUUAAAGGUAAAUCACCCUUCGACUAUACUACCAUUAUCUGGGCUGCUGUGAAGAGUAAUAUGUAAUUGUUUUUGCUUGUGGAGGGAAUAACAGACAGUACAGGAAUAUUAGCAAUGCUUUCACACAUUUCUUCAACCUGCAGCAUUCAGGAGAAAAUAACAGCAUCGUUCUUGCAAAACUACCACUGUUCACAUCUCUAUGUCACACAUGAUAAAGAAUAAGCUGUCACUGUGUACAUAUUGCAUUCUAAAACAAUAAA